AUGCAGAAUCAGAACUUGUCUGUAGCUAAAACCCUAAACCCUACCUUCACAACUCUUCAAUUACCAUCUCUCGCCCAAUUCUUCAACCCUCUUCGCAGAACACUGCCCUCAAUUCCAUCUACCUAUAGAACUCCGAAGCCUCUCUAUAUUCAAGCCCAGAACCGGGAAAUCGCAAUUUCCCGGCAAAAUGACAGUCACCGGAGGGAUAUCCGGUCAUUUGCCGGCCGAAGCAAAGGAAAAUCCGGUGGAACAUCACCCGGCCGCAUUGAGGGAAGCGGCGAGUUCCGGCGACAAGCUAAACGAAAUGCCCGCCGAAAAAGUAAGAAAUUAGCUGAGAGUCUUUUCUACAGGUUGAAGAAUCCUCAUGGAAACUACCCGGAUAAUUUCUCCGAGGAAGAGCUGCAAAUGAUUGGUUUGGGGUAUGAUAGAAUGGUUAGGUUCAUGGAAAGAGAUGACCCGAAUCUCAAACACCCGUAUGAUUGGUAUAAAUAUGGUCAGUUUGGGCCGUAUUCUUGGCGAGGAGUUGUUUUAGGGGAGCCUAUUCGAGGGCGAUUCUCGGACCCAUGUGUAUCGAUGAUUGGUGAGGUUAGGGACCAAGAAGAGUGGGAGAAGAUUGAGCAACAUGAAAUGGCUCAGGAAUUUCAGAAUAGAUUGGAUGCAAUGGAUAAAAAUGUUGGUUUUCGAUACUUUUGGGUAUUUGUUAGGCAUCCUAAGUGGAGGAUAUCGGAUUUUCCUUGGCAACAAUGGACUUUGGUGUCCGAGGUCGUUGUUGAAGCUGGGAAUCAGAGGUUGGAUAAAUGGAAUUUGAUGGGGCGGCUCGGGAAUAAAGCAAGGUCAUUGAUCACACAAUGUGCAGCAUGGAUGAGACCUGAUAUUGUAUAUGUACAGAGGCCUGUAUAUCAGUGUAGGUUUGAGCCUCAAGAUGACUUUUUUAAGGCGUUAACGCCUUUGCUUGAUCCAGAAACUGAACAGGAUUGUUUGUUUGAGUUGGAGGAUGAUAACGGAAGGGUGGAAUUCUGUACUUAUUUUGGUGGGUUGUGUAAGAUUGUGAGAGUGAAUCCCAAGGCAUUUGUGGAUGAUGUAGUAAAGGCUUAUGAGAAAUUGAGUGAUGAGAAGAAGUCCAAGUGUUUGGGGUUCUUGUUAGACAAUCACCCUGUGCCUUUGUUGCAUCCUUAUACAAAGGAGUGGAAGGUGAAGUUGGAGGAAAUGGAGAUGGGUUGUGAUGCACCGGAUGAUGAUGAUUAUGGCAGAAAUAACAAGGGAGAGACCGAGAUAGUGGACUGGAUUGAGGAUGAGGAGUAUGGUGAAGAUGACGAUGACAAUGAAGAUGAGUACGAUGUGGAUUUGGAUGCAAGUGGAGAUGAUGAUGAUGAGCUGGGUAUCAAUGAGGAUGACGAUUCAAGUCAGGAAGAGGACACAAGAUUCUGGGAAGAUGAAUUUAAGAAGGCAUUGGGUAGCAACGAAGCAAUGGAAAAGUUUGCCAAGAAAUAUAUGGAGACAUCAACAAAGUUUUAUGAAAAGCAUAUAAAUGCAAUGGAAGACAAGGAACAAGAAGCAAAGGAAGAUGGUGGAGAUGAAUUGGCCAUGAGAGGUGUUAGAGCCAAAAUUAGCCCAAAGGAGUGGGAGAGUCAUGGAUUUGGUCCUUGGAGAAGAAAACUUAAGAAAGGUAAAAUGCCUCCUGAAUUGUUCAUGAGAGCUGCAGUCAGGCCAUUCACUUACAAGAAUCUGGUAAAGGAAAUUGUUUUAACCAGACAUGCUAUACUAGAAGGCGAGAUCGGUAAGAAGAAAUGAAACAGUUACCAGCUUUUGCAAUUGGGUAGGACUAGAUACAAAGAUUCAUUGUGCUACACUGCUAGUAAUACUGCAGAAACAAUGUAUUAUCAUAAGAGCUAAGUUAUUUUCUUGUAUAAUUU